AUGAUAAAUACGUUUAAAAAUUAUUAUUAUUAUUGCUAUUAUCAAUUCGAUUAUUGUAUUUAUUUACAUGCGGACAGUUGGGGUGGAAUAUGUAAAAUCGGUGACAAACAAUCACCGAUAAAUAUAAAAUUAGGAGAAAUACAAUCAAGAUUUUUACCUGAAAUAUGUCACCAUGAUGAGUACGAAAUAAAACAAAAAUUUAUGAUAAAAAAUACUGGGCAUACUGUACAGUUAGCACUUCAAAACAAAUCAGCAAAACCGUUUAUACAUUUAGGAUAUGGAGGAAAAUAUGUAUUUGAACAAUUACAUUUUCAUUGGGAUGCCGAACAUGAAUUCGAUGGUAAAAGGGCGGAUUUAGAAAUGCACAUGGUUCAUUAUAAUAAAAAAUAUAAUAGUUUUUCAAAAGCAUUAACCGAACCGGAUGGCUUAGCUGUAUUGGCUGUAUUUUUUGACCGAACGGAAUCGAAAAAACCAAUUAAAAAUUUUUUCAAUUCCAUAACGGAUUCAUUACAAUAUUUAGAAAAACCAAAUGAAUACGUACCACUUGAUAAAGAAUCAAAAUCAAAAAAUUUAUAUGCAUUAACCGAUUUUUUACCUGACGAUGUAUCGUCAUAUAUAAUAUAUAACGGCUCGUUGACGACUCCGCCAUGUCAUGAAAAUGUUCAAUGGGUAAUUUUUUUAAAUCGUUAUUACGUUUCCGAUUCGACGCUUAAAAGUUUAAGAACUACAAAAGGCGAAGAUGGUAAUAAUAUAGAAAGUAAUUACAGACCGGUGCAAAAAUUAAACGGUAGAAAUGUUUUUCACCGCCUUUCCGAAAAGAAUGGAUUUCCAUUAGGACCUUUACCCGGAGUUGUGUAUCCUGUUAAUGUUGUCUAUUGCGGAAAUUGCACAUUACCUAUUGAGUACUGCGAGUAUUAUCCAGAGUAUGAAAAAUGUAAACAGUGGUUAGAGAAAAAUUUGCCAAACGAAUUUGAAAAAGUAGUCAAAGUUGGAGAUAAAGAAGAAGAAGGAGGAGGAGAAGAAGAGAAAAAAAGACAGAAAAGAGGGGGUAAGGGUAUUGUUAAACCUAAGAAAAAAGAAGAAGUCAAUAAAAAAAUCUGCGUGUCAAGAGCUCCAAGGGGAAAGAAAAAAUCUGUUACAGUUGUCGUAGGUCUAAGUACAUUUGAUAUUGAUCUUAAAGUUGCAUCGAAAUUUUUUGGUACAAAAUUUGCUUGUGGAUCCUCCGUGACUGGUGAUGAUGAAAUAGUUAUUCAGGGAGAUGUUAAAGAUGAUUUAUUCGAUGUUAUCCCAGAAAAAUGGCCAGAGAUUGAUGUAGAUUUUAUAGAAGAUCUUGGCGAUUUAAAAAGAUAA